CACCCGUUUGCACAGGACCAAUUCAUGGCUGCCGGGCACAUGCAAAGUUUUGGGAACGGCAGCUCUCGGGUUGUACCGCAGCCGGAUCUUGGCGUUAAUGUGGCCGGUACUAUGCAUCAAACCGGCCAACGAGUCGUGCCACCGAAAUCUUACUACUGUUUGAUAUAAUCCCGAAGUCAAGUAAAUAAACGGCAUGGUUAGAAGACAUCGACACGAUGAUUUAAUUAUCACAAUCUUUAUGAUGGCGACUGCGGUCCCUUCAGCCUGACCGUUCCUCACCAUGAAGACAAACAAAUCCUACAAGUUGGUGCUCCACAAGAAAGGCUUUGGUGGGAGUGACGAUGAGCUGAUGGUGAACCCCAAAGUGUUCCCUCAGGUGUCCAUAGGGGACAUUGUUGAGAUUGCACAUCCCAAUGAUGAAUACAGCCCUCUCCUGCUCCAGGUCCGAAGCCUUAAGGAGGACCUCCAGAAAGAGACCAUCAGCGUGGACCAGACUGUUGCUCAGGCCUUCAAGCUCCGGGCCUAUCAGGAUGUCUUCAUUAACGUCGUAGAUCCCAAAGACGUCACAUUAGAUCUGGUAGAGUUAACCUUCAAGGACCAGUACAUUGGAAGAGGGGACAUGUGGAGGCUUAAGAAGAGUCUGGUGAGCACGUGUGCCUAUGUCACCCAGAAAGUGGAGUUUGCUGGCAUCAGAGCACAGGCCAGUGAAUUAUGGGUAAAGGGAGAGAAGGUGACCUGUGGCUACAUCAGCGAGGACACCAGGGUGGUUUUUCGGUCAACCUCAGCCAUGGUGUAUAUCUUCAUCCAGAUGAGCUGCGAGAUGUGGGACUUUGAUAUCUAUGGUGACCUCUACUUCGAGAAGGCCGUAAAUGGCUUCCUGUCUGACCUCUUUGCCAAAUGGAAGGAGAAGAACUGCAGCCACGAGGUGACGGUCGUGCUGUUCUCCCGAACCUUCUACUCUGCCAAAUCCAUGGACGACUUUCCGGAGAUCCUGAGAGGUUCUGUCAGACAGGAUCACGAGGGGCGUUUCUAUGAAGAUUUUUACAGGGUCGUAGCUCAGAAUGAGAGGCGGGAGGAGUGGACCUCGCUUUUGGUCACCAUUAAGAAGCUCUUCAUCCAGUACCCUGUGCUGGUGCGUCUCCAGGGAGCAGAUGGCUUCCCUAAUGGGCAAAACUCGACCGCUGCUCAGGGAAACUACCUGGAGGCCAUCAACCUGUCUUUCAAUGUUUUCGACAAGCACUAUAUCAACCGCAACUUUGACCGCACGGGUCAGAUGUCGGUGGUCAUCACGCCAGGGGUGGGUGUGUUCGAGGUCGACCGGCUGCUGAUGAUUCUCACCAAACAGCGAAUGAUUGACAACGGUAUUGGCGUGGACCUGGUCUGCAUGGGUGAACAGCCGCUGCACGCGGUUCCUCUCUUCAAGCUUCACAACCGCACAGUUCCUGGAGACUCUAGAUUAGGUGAUGACUACAACCUGCCCCACUGGAUCAACCACAGUUUCUACACAUCCAAAAGCCAGAGCUCCUGUAACAGCUUCACUCCACGCAUCAAAUUGGCAGGCCGCAAGGUUCAAGCUGAACGAUUUAGGAGCAACAAAGACCACACUCUUGGGGCACCGAAGGACUCUGAGAACAGCCUGCCCAUCCAGGUGGACUACGAUGCCCACGAUGCCCAGGUCUUCAGGCUUCCCGGGCCGUCUCGAGCCCAGAGGAGCACACACUUGAGGGCAGCGCGGGAGAGGGAGACCAGUGGGCGGAAGAGCUGGGGCUCAGUGGAGGUGAGUGGGGGCGGUGGCUCUGGAGCCUCCCCACCAGUGCGGGCCCCAGCGGCCCCUGAGGAGCAGCGAAGCUUGGCCUCUGAUGACAGCCUGGGCCGAAUCUCCAACAUCCUGCUCAUUCCGCGUCUGCCGGCCACCCAGUAUGAGGUCAGCAGCUCACUGGGCUACACCAGCACCAGAGAUCUGCUGGAAAAGGUGAUGGAGUCACAGCGGGACUCGAGUGCCCCGGGCCGCUUCACCGUGGGCAGCGCCGAGUCCACGCUGCACGUGCGGCCUGGAGGAUACGCCCCGCAGAGGGCGCUCAUCAACCCCUUCGCCCCGUCCCGCAUGCCCAUGAAGCUCACCUCCAAUCGACGGCGCUGGAUGCACACUUUCCCCAUCGGCCCGUCAGGAGAAGCUAUCCAGAUUCAUCAUCAGACCCGGCAGAACAUGGCCGAGCUGCAGGGGAGCGAGCAGCGGGACCCCGCCCACACCUCUGCGGAGCUGCUGGAGCUGGCCUAUCACGAGGCCACCGGCAGGAGGACGACAGGUCGUCAGGUGGGGGAGAGCGGCUUCUACACCAGCCUGGGCACAGACGAGCUCACGGGGAGCCCGGCCAGCAGCAACAGCACAGGAACCCCCAUCAACCGCGGUUCCUCAUUUGAAGACUCCUCCUCGAACAGUCCAGAUCCGAUCCUGGUUCUGUCCGCCCCUCCGACAGUGCCCAGCUUCUGCUGCACGGUGGGGGUGGACUGGAAGUCCCUCACCACGCCAGCCUGCCUGCCCCUCACCACCGACUACUUCCCGGACCGCCAGGCCCUGCAGAACGACUACACAGAGGGCUGCUAUGAUCUGCUGCCGCACACCGACAUGGAGAGGAGAGAUGACGAUGCGCCGGUGAUGACGGCGCCACAAGUGUUUGAAGAGUUCAUCAGCCAGCGCCUCAUGCAGGGCUACCAGAUCAUCGUGCAGCCGAGCGUCGGGAAGCCUGCCCCCUCGGUGGCCCCGCCCCUCAGCAGCAGCCCCCUGUAUUCCCGAGGACUGGUGUCCCGGCGCGGGCCCGAGGAAGAAGAGUGUGUUUAUUGGCUGAGCAUGGGCCGCACCUUCCACAAGGUGUGUCUGAAGGACAAGAUCAUCACCGUAACGCGCUACCUGCCCAAGUACCCCUAUGAGUCAGCCCAGAUCCAGUACAGCUAUAGCCUGUGCCCACCCCACCCGGAAGCCCAGUUUAUGUCCUGCUGGGUGGAGUUCAGUCACGAGCGCUUGGAGGAGUACAAGUGGAACUACCUGGACCAGUACAUCUGUUCCGCCGGCUCGGAGGACUUCAGCCUGAUAGACUCCCUGAAAUUCUGGCGCACUCGCUUCCUGCUCCUGCCAGCAGGGGGCGCCCGACGGGCGGCCGAGGGAGAGGGCCGCUGGGACGUGUAUGGGGAGGGGCCCGGGGCCGGCCGUGAGGGCCUCGGUGGGGCCGGGGACUGGGCCCUGCUCGACAACUUCAUCCGCUUCCUGGAGGGUCUGAACCGGAUCCGGAGGAGGCACCGUUCGGACCGUAUCAUCCGGAAAGGACCAGCAAUGAAGGGACUUCAGGUGACAGGUUCGCUCUCUGCAUACCCCCCCGAGCCAGCAGCGCCCCCUCUGGCCAAGAAGGGAACCUCGGCUCUAUCAGCCCUGCUGGAGAUGGAUGCCAACCAGAAGAGUCUGGAAGAGCAGCAGGCCACAUUAUUCACGGGAAAAGCAAACAUACCUCUGAGUGAUUCUGCAUCGGUGUCUGGGAACGUGGACAGUCCCCGCAAGGACGCAGCCUUCUUUUUGGACUUUGUCCGUAGCCCCCGUUCCUCCUACAUGUCUCACACUCAGAUGGCAGUCGAUCACGCAGCAGGCAGUAUCGCGGAGGGAGGGCUGGCCGACAAGGGGGCCCCCCAGGCUGUGGGAGGCCCCGCGGCUCAGGGGCCCGGAGAGGCAGGACCCUCGUCCAGCAUUUCCAUGGAGACCAGUGGGCAGGCUGGUGCUGGGGGAUCCAUCCUGAGCUCAUCCUCUACCUUAAUGGACAUCCUGGAGGCCAUCAAACACCCCACGAUGGGCGUGCAGCUUCUCCCCGAACAGAAAGGCCUGCCGCCACACUGCUUCAUCAGCGCAGAGGUCGUCCAUUGGCUGGUCAGCAGUGUGGAGGGCGUGGCCACGCAGGGCAUGGCCGUGGACAUCAUGCAGAAAAUGCUGGAUGAGGGACUGAUCGCUCACGCAUCUGGGGAAGCCAUGCGCUCCUUCAUCUACGGCUUCUACUUCUACCGGAUCACGCCGGAAAGGGAGGCGGAGAGAGGCCCAUCCACGCCGCUGCCCCCCACGGGGGCAGGGGGCCUGUCGGCCACUGCGCUGGAGGACUUCACCCUCUUCCAAAGGAAGUGGUUUGAGGUGGCCUUCGUGCUGGAGGAGAGGCGCCCCUGCGACCUGCCUGCCUUCCUGCUGCCCUGGCUGCCUAGCCGGCCCGCCUCCUACGCAAGUAGGCACAGCUCCUUCAGCCGCAGCUUCGGGGGACGCAGCCAGGCUGCCGCUCUGCUAGCCGCCACCUUGCCAGAGCAGAAGACGGUGACACUGGACGUGGAUGUGAACAACCGCAGCGAUCGUACCGAGUGGUGCAGCUGCUAUUACCAUGGCAACUUCUCUCCCAACGCCGCCUUCGAGACCAAGCUGCAGUGGAUGGCGGCCACGGCCGCGGUCCUCUUCGAGAUGGUGCAGGGUUGGCACAGGAAGGCAGCCUCGUGUGGCUUCCUGCUGGUGCCCACCCUGGAGGUGCCCUUCGCCCUGCCCUCGUACCUAUAUGGCGAUCCGCUUCGUGCCCAACUCUUCAUCCCGCUGCACGUGCAGGUGCUGCUAAGGGACGGCAGCGACAGCCUCUUUGAGGGAUUCGAACCCGAGACUUAUUGGGACAGAAUGCAGCUGUUGCAAGAGGCCAUUAUCUACAGGUUUGGCUUCGUCCAUGACAAGUUCUCCGCCUCCACCUUUAACUUCCCGUCAGAGAACAAGCCGCAGUACAUCCACGUCACAGGCACGGUCUUCCUGCAGCUGCCCUACUCCAAGAGGAAGUACAGCAGUGGGCAGCAGCGCCGGCGCCGAAACUCCACCACGUCGGCCACACAGAGCCUCUUCGGGGUGGAGGAGCGUGUGGGCUACAACUGGGCCUACAACACCAUGCUGACCAAGGCGUGGCGCACCGGCGCUCUCGGUGACGAGCGUCUUGCCGAUCGCCUGCUCCGCGACUUCACCGACUUCUGUGCCAAUAAGGACAACCGGCUGCUGGCCUUCUGGGAGAGCUGCGUGGAGAAGAUGAAUGCUAGCGCCCCCAAGGAAGGGGGCUGCAUUCCAGAGACCCCUCCCUAAGGAGGUGUGGGCAGUUCCUGUGUCAGAAUGAGGUGAAAGGUCACAAUGCCAGGUACUUGGCAGUCCGAUGUUGGUUAUGCUACUGAACUGUUUCUCAAAAUAUGUAAAUAAUAAAUAUUUACUCACUCUUGUGUC